UGGCUGAGAGGAGCGCGGUCGUACAGCACUGCUCUUUCGUCGUCCCGCGUCAUUGUAAGCGUCCGCGCCCGCACUCGCCUCCGCCUCGAGCACUGAGUUUGACCCUCAUAUAAAGCGAAGACCUGCGCGAACUCGCACGCAGUCACGACCCAACCACGAUCUUAUACAUUCACCCGGCUUUUUCGCGAUAAACGAUAGCAGUUACUAAAUAAUUAGUGAUACUAAACAGUUUCGGUGAUGGCGAGUCAGGAAUGGGGGUACACAAUUGAAAACGGCCCAGCGACUUGGGUAGAGAAGUUUCCUGAAGCCAGAGGUGCCCGUCAAAGUCCCGUCGAUAUAGAUACAUCUCGUGCCAGUAGCGGUGGAAGCGCUCCGCCUCUCGUGUGGCGCUACUCCGUCAAUCACCCAAGAUCUGUCGUUAACCCAGGCUAUUGCUGGCGGGUCGAUGAGAACGGCUAUGACUCAGAACUUCGUGGUGGUCCUCUCGGAUCAGACGUGUAUAAACUCCAACAGUGGCAUUGUCACUGGGGGGCUGUCAAUGGUGAAGGUUCGGAGCAUACUGUGGAUGGUCGUGCCUUUUCCGGCGAGCUACAUCUUGUUCAUUGGAAUACUAGCAAGUACAAUAGCUUUACUGAAGCGGCAGGACAAACAGAUGGACUCGCUGUUCUUGGAGUAUUGUUAAUGGUUGGAACGAAGCAUAACGAGCUCGACAAGGUGGUAAAGUUAUUGCCAUAUAUCCAACACAAAGGCGACAAAGUAACAUUCUCUGAACCCUUGAAUCCUGCAAACCUGCUUCCCCCACGCGUCGCUUACUGGACAUACCCCGGCUCGUUAACGACACCGCCAUGCACAGAGUCUGUCACUUGGAUACUGUUUAAAGAACCAAUACAAGUUUCCGCUGAACAGCUAGCGUUGAUGCGAAAAUUAAGAUGUGGAGAAGCAUCGUGCGGAGUUGAAGCGAUGGAACUACUUCAUAACUACCGUCCCACACUCCCACUCGGCAACCGGGAGUUGCGCGAUUACGGUGGCAACUAAAUAUCGCAAAGUAGAAACUUUCAUACAGUGCCCGUGACAAAUCUGUAGUCGUUGUUAGAAAUGCAAAAGGGAUAUUGUGUUAACAUAAAAGACAAAUUCAGAUUUCUUGAUUCCGUCUUCGUCUUCGAUUAAAUCUUAUCAUGUGAUAGGCCUACAGAAUGCGGAGACAUUUGAAACAAUAUUUGUUUCGUCUAAAAGCUAUACGGUUAAUGUUAUUUUGCUUGAAAAUAUAAAUCAAUUUAGUCAAUCACAACAGUGUAUUAGCAGCUAGUACCUAUACCUAGAUUCAGUUAUGAACUCACGUUAUUAAUAUUAUUAGCAUUAAGAACUAUAUUUAUUGUUCGUAAAAUAUUUACGCAAUGUUUUUGUUCAUUCAUAUAGGCAAAAUAUAUUUUUAAGCGAUUAAGAUAUUUACAAUCACAUUGUACCUAUAUACUAAGAUGUAACUAUUCUUGUUUUUUUUUAAAGUAAUUUUUUAUAAAACAAAUAUACGCAAUAAUCGAAGAAGGGAAAUCAGUGCCUUAAGGUUGUUCUUAAUAUACGACUUUUAAGAAUAAAAUAAUCAAGUCUUUCAGUUUUAAAAUGUUUACAAUUAUUAUUGUACGGACGGUCUCGACAUUCGUGCGAUAAUAUCUAAGAAUCUUAGAAUCUUAUUUCCUAAGCAUCUUAGACUAACCGUAAGAUGCUUGAAAAUUCUACAAUGUUUUCAUAAUUUUAGAGUUCAUUUGUAUAAAAAGUUGGUAACUAAGCGGUAAAUAGAAUAUGUACUCGUAUAAAUAAUAAUUUAUAGCAUUUAUUGUCUUUAUUAUUUAAAGGCAUGUUUUUAUAAAUAUAUACGUAGUUAAUGUACAUGAACAAUUAAUUAUGUGUAUUGUUUUUAUGAUUUUUGUUGUUUCAUAUAAGUAAUAACACAGUUAUAUUAACUGUGAUCUCACCCAAAAACACUUAUGAUUUAAUCAUUAUAUAAUUAAGUCAAUAUUUUUAAUAUUAAUUUGUUGUGUUGCGUACGUUGCUUUUGCAGUAUUCUGCGACAUUAUCUAUAAAUAUGUAAAAAAAUAAUUAUACUAUUCAAUUUGUA